AUGCGAACAAUGAUUCGAGUUUUUACUGUUAUGUGCUUUCUUGCUGCAAUUAUUAGAGCUGAUGAUAGUGACAACAUGAUCUUUGCCAGAGAUGAUAGUCAACCAUUGACAAACAAUAAUCCUGUCGCAGAUGAAAAUGAAGUUCUUGUAACACCUCAAACUGAUUCAUCUGAAGAUCUUUCAAUCACUCCAGAUCAAUUCAUUCCAAUUGUUUCAGACAAUUCAACUACUAACAAUUCUGACUCUGAAUCAAAUAGCAAUUCUGACUCUGAAUCAGAUAACAAAUCUGAUUCUGAUUCAAGUAGCAGUUCUGACUCUGAUUCAAGUAGCAGUUCUGACUCUGAAUCAGAUAGCAAUUCUGAUUCUGGAUCAAAUGACAGUUCCGAAGGCGAGAAUGAACUUGAUGCUGAGCAACUAGAACAAAUAAUUGAAGCUGAAGGUUUGGAUCGACAAGAUAACGAUGAUGAAAAUGAAGUAGUUAUUGUCGAGGAAGAAGAUGUAACAGUCUUCAACUAA